AUCUCCUGCAUGCACAGUUGCAGUUAGUUAUUCCAGGUAUUAUUUUUGUUUUCAGAAAAAGAAAACUCAGUAGAAGAUAAUGGCAAGUCCAGACUGGGGAUAUGAUGACAAAAAUGGUCCUGAACAAUGGAGCAAGCUGUAUCCCAUUGCCAAUGGAAAUAACCAGUCCCCUGUUGAUAUUAAAACCAGUGAAACCAAACAUGACACCUCUCUGAAACCUAUUAGUGUCUCCUACAACCCAGCCACAGCCAAAGAAAUUAUCAAUGUGGGACAUUCCUUCCAUGUAAAUUUUGAGGACAAUGAUAACCGAUCAGUGUUGAAAGGUGGUCCUCUCUCUGACAGCUAUAGGCUCUUUCAGUUCCAUUUUCACUGGGGCAGUACAAAUGAGCAUGGUUCAGAACAUACAGUGGAUGGAGUCAAAUAUUCUGGCGAGCUUCACAUAGCUCACUGGAAUUCUGCAAAGUACUCCAGCCUUGCUGAAGCUGUCUCAAAGGCUGAUGGUUUGGCAGUUAUUGGUGUUUUGAUGAAGGUUGGUGAGGCCAACCCAAAGCUGCAGAAAGUACUUGAUGCCCUCCAAGCAAUUAAAACCAAGGGCAAACGAGCCCCAUUCACAAAUUUUGACCCCUCUACUCUCCUUCCUUCAUCCCUGGAUUUCUGGACCUACGCUGGCUCUCUGACUCAUCCUCCUCUUUAUGAGAGUGUAACUUGGAUUAUCUGUAAGGAGAGCAUCAGUGUCAGCUCAGAGCAGCUGGCACAAUUCCGCAGUCUUCUAUCAAAUGUUGAAGGUGAUAACACUGUCCCCAUUCAGCACAACAACCGCCCAACUCAACCUCUGAAGGGCAGAACAAUGAGAGCUUCAUUGUGAUGAGUCUGAGAAGAAACUUGUCCUUCCUCAAGAACACAGCCCUGCUUCUGACAUAAUCCAGUAAAAUAAUAAUUUUUAAGAAAUAAAUUUAUUUCAAUAUUAGCAAGACAGCAUGCUUUCAAAUCGAUCUGUAAAACUAAGAAACUUAAAUUUUAGUUCUUACUGCUUAAUUCAAAUAAUAGUAAGCUAGCAAAUAGUAAUCUGUAAGCAUAAGCUUAUGCUUAAAUUCAAGUUUAGUUUGAGGAAUUCUUUAAAAUUACAACUAAGUGAUUUUAUGUCUAUUUUUUUCAGUUUAUUUGAACCAAUAAAAUAAUUUUAUCUCUCUUUAUAUUGUGCAUUUAGUUUCUAAAACCAUUAAGUUUCUACUCCAUUUACAUUCAAACAUCUUAAAUACUUUACUUGCAAGAGUAUUUUACCUCAAAUAUAACUACUUAAGAGCAGCUGGAGAUGAAAUAUUGAGAAAUCCAUUUGCUUACUCCUGAAGACAAAAAUAUAGCUGAGAUGACAACUGGAUUUAAUAUGGUUAUGCUGGCCCAACAUUGCUACCAUUUGUGUUGUCUGUGAUCAAAAUGAUUAUGUUUUAUAUAGGAAGAUGAUGCUUCUGGAUAUUGCUUUCACGUCUUCUCCCCACGUUAGCAAGGACAAUGCUUCUCUGCCAUUAUUACAACUAGUUAGUUUGCAUGGAGAAUCUUUACUUUAAAAUUAGAAGAAAAGUCACAAGUGAAUGGUUUAUAAAAAUGCUAAAGAAGUAAUUUGUGCUUAGAAUCAUAUAGAAACAUCAUGCAAUCUUUUAGUCAGAUGUGCACUUCACCUUAUGCUAUUUUUAUCUUUAAUUGACACACAAUAACUGUACAUGUUUAUGGAGUACAGUGUGGUGUUUUUUGUUUGUUUGUUUUUUGAGAGAAGGUCUCACUCUGCCAGUCAGGGUAGAGUGCGAUGGU